UAGGUACAGAAAAAAGAAACCGUUGCGAACUGUCCCCCUUGCCACGUAGGGGUACACGUUAGGUUUGUGAUCAACUUCGCUCUUUAAUGUGUUGAUUGAAAGAUUACUGGGGGUUGACCGUUUCAUAAGAUGGGCGGCUCACAAAGUAGUGCCAUUCCUGGAGGUGGCACGGAGGGAUAUCACGUUUUACGGGUUCAAGAGAAUUCUCCCGGACAUAAGGCUGGGCUGGAGGCCUUUUUCGAUUUUAUAGUUGCCAUUGGGAAUACACGUUUGAAUCAAGACAAUGAUGUUCUCAAGGAUGUCCUAAAGGCCAACAUAGAAAAACCUAUUGUCAUGACAGUAUACAGCAGCAAAACCCAGAUGGUGCGAGAUGUUGAGAUUGUGCCUUCGUCCAUGUGGGGAGGCCAUGGCCUUUUAGGAGUCAGCAUUCGCUUUUGUUCUUUUGAAGGAGCCAACGAAAAUGUCUGGCACGUGCUGGAUGUGAGCCCUCACUCCCCUGCUGAAGCAGCAGGUCUCAGGCCUUAUGCUGACUAUAUCAUUGGCUCAGACUCUGUGCUGCAUGAGUCUGAAGACUUGUUCACACUGAUCUAUGCCCAUGAAGGCCGGCCGCUGAAGCUGUACGUGUACAACACUGACACUGAUGGCUGUCGAGAAGUUACCAUCACACCUAACAUGUCUUGGGGUGGUGAUGGAAGUCUUGGCUGUGGUAUUGGUUAUGGCUACCUCCAUCGGAUCCCAACAAAGCCUGUGGCCAAAGCCCCAUCAUGGCCCUCUGGCAGUGCUCCUGCAGGGGAUGGUUUCUUAAGUGUCCAGCUGAGUGCACCAAGCAUUGUAGGUGACCCUGCAGCAGCACUAGCACAGAAAGUUAAUGCUGUUUCCCUGAACGAUGUGUCUGUGCAACCAACGGCCGACUCCUCGUUGCCUUCACGGGAAAGUGCACCUGUACCAGUUGCAGCAAGUGAAAGCACAGAAAGCAGACCACCUGGCAGUGCUCCCCUUGGUUCAGAACAGGAUCGGACAGGUCCUGUCAAUGCUGUCCCCCUGACCACACCAAUCAGCCUGCCAGGAAUGCCACCCAUUACAGUGAGCGCCUCAUUGCCACCCGAUGCUCUAGCAAGCCUUGGCUCAUCAAGUGACACUCCGGGAAUUCGUGAAGAAGCCUCUGCAAAGUCCCCAAUGGCAGCACCGCAGCAUCUCUGAAGCAUUUGCUUGGCAUUGAAGACAUGUUCCCGCACUACAGUACCCUCUAGGAAUGUGCAGUGUGAUGGAAAAAGUCUAUUCACUGAGGGAGGAAAACAAAUGGGAAUGUCUUGGCCAAACUGUGGACACCCUUCCGGCAAUGAAUGGACACUGUUGCUUUGGCUGGUCUGUCGCAUUAUUCUGGGAAAAGCAGUUAGUCAUCCUGUUGAGUUGCUGAAUCUCUUCCCUUUUGUGGCGGCCAUAGGUGAAAAAGUGUUUCUGGGAGAUGGUGUAGCAGUUUUGCAGCACAAGAGAGGAAAAAAUAAAAAAAUAGGAAUAUUGUGCAUUUUUUGAAAAGAUGGCCAUCAUUGCUACGAACUUCUCCCCCUUGGAGUAGUGUACACCUUCUUACCAGGUGGUGAUAAUGCUGCCCGAAGUAUUUUAGUAUGGCUGCAUAGGAAUUUCAAACAAUGUUAUGAAGAGGCUUGCAAUUCCAUAUUUUUUUUAUUUUUUUCACCAUACAGUUUUUCUGGAAGCAUAUGGCAGUCUGGGCUCCCAAUUUGAAUACUUUCUUUCACUCUGCACUGAACACUGUUCCUUUUGAUUGCUGGAAAUGUGUACCGAGUUGCGGAAAAUUACACGUAUGCUAAACUUGCACAUAAAUAUGGGCUUUUUUGCACCAGUGUUGCCCUAUAUUUAGGAACUUCAGUGGCUGAAAUGCAAAAUUUGUACAAUUCACUCCCAUAGUUCUCAUUGGUUCUAUUUUCAGUUUGUUUACACACAUUUUUAGUUGCAAUGAUACAGCUAGCUGUCUGGCAAGUAAGUUGCAUUUAGAGAGAUGUCUGGGUGAUGUGUAUUUCAUGCACAGCUCAGUUUGAAAUUCUAUAGGUGACCAUCUAAGGGCAUUGACAUGGAAUCUUGUACACACACCAUGCUAAAUUAUUUAAAGUUUAGUGCAUCGAGCCAUCUGCUGCACAGCAUGUUCUGUCUCAUUGUUUCUUUAAAUCUGACAUAGAAUAAGAGUAACCAGGAAUUGGGAAAGGUGGAGGAUACAUUCCCAUGGAAGUGAGUGGGCAAUCCCCUUGUACCUCGGCUUAUGCCAUGCAGACUCCACAAAGAAGUAUCUAGUGGGGAAGGACCUAUUCAGUGGCACCAGAAGAUGGCAUAACAGCAUCACUGCUACACUGGGCUGAUGGUGCGUGCUGUGAAAAUCAGUAUUUGAAAGAAUGAUUGGGACUUCACAUAUUCAGCAGCUAUUUAAGGAAGCAGAAAAGCCUGGCAUUGUUCAUGGAUACAGUUGUGGUCUGUCUGAAAUGUUCAGUAUGAGACUAUAGAAAAUGUCAAAAGCCAUAAGGGAUGAGUGAGUUGGGGACAAAUGUUUGUAAUGUAAUAUAUUUAUUAAAACAAUGCAAAAAUAGUUAAAUAUCAACAUUGCAUUCAUGAUGUAGCAAAGUGUUGCACUGCAUAAGUAAAGCAGUGCCAGCUUUUAUGAACAUCCACCAAGCAUAAUGCAAUUGGAAAACAGACUGGCAUAAGUCUGAAGCAGGAGAGCUUUACAGGUGCAUUGCAAAACAGCAAUGGCAGGUAAUGAAUCUUCCAACUAGGAGUAGUUCUCCACAAAAGCAAAAAUCUUUUUUAUAACCAUGGUACAUCAAAUGUUUUAAAUUAUAAGUGGUGAAGGCAAUGUACAUUGUCACCAUUCCAAAAAAAAAAAAAAAUUCUGUGCUGUUUCUAUUUUCUAAUAAUAAUGUGCCUGAUGUGCAACUGGAAAUAAAUGCUUUCAAACAUGAA